AUGGCAUUCGCGGUUCGCUCGUUCUUCCUCCUCUGUGUGAUCAGCGGACUGCUGACGGGAGUUUGGUCUCUCCCCAAGAAAAGUGAAAAAAAUAAUAACUGUCCCAAAGGCUGGACUCGCUUGGACUGUCACUGUUACAUCUACCAAGACGAAAAUAGGGCCUUAGCAGAUGCAGAGAGCGUCUGCAAUAUUCUGGGUGGAAAUGUCGUCUCCAUCCACAGUGACCUGGAAAAUGCAUUUGUUCAUGAACUGGUUCAAGCGGGUGGUGAUGAGGGCUAUGCCGUCCUUGGACUUCAUGACACAAUUGAGGACGAUGACUACAUAUGGACUGAUGGCUCAGAAAAUGAUUACACAAACUUUGACGUGGAAAACGGCGAGCCUGAUGCCAGCGGUGACUGCGUUGAGAUGGAUAUUUCUGUACUGAUGAGUCUGGUGGAGAAUCUGGUGGAGAGUCUGGUGGAGAAUCUGGUGGAGAGUCUGGUGGAGAAUCUGGUGGAGAGUCUGGUGGAGAGUCUGGUGGAGACUCUAUUGCAGUGUUUUCUAUCAGCACAGGCAGCACUGAUGCCUGUGUAUCGAUGGCUGAAGAUGAUGGACUCUGGGACACUGAUGUCUGCUCAGCGGAUUAUCCGUAUAUUUGCAUCACUGAAGUUUUGA